AGUCAACGUGCCACUCCCCGCUCAGGCCUUCACAGGCGCGCGCCUCUGCUCCUGCGCGCUCUCGCGCUCCACUACCAACAGGCACGGAAUUCUAGGGAGGAAGUUACUGAGAUUGGGAAACGAGCAAGAACUCCUAAGGUGCAGAAAAAGAAAAAAAACCGAACAACCUGGAGACAAGAGCACGUCAGAAUACGGCAAUUUCUCACUGGGAACAAUAAAUCCUCCUAACUUUGGAAUAUGGACUAGAGGCGCUGGGUCACAGCAGAUGGAGGCGGCGAGAAGUUUGGUGUUUGUCGGGGCCGUGCUGCUCGGAGUGACGGGCGCCUUGGGCAGAGAAGUGUGUCUUGGUACAGACAUGAAGCUGGCUCUACCCUCCAGCCUGGAAAAUCACUACGAGACCCUGAGGCUGCUCUACACUGGCUGCCAGGUCGUUCAUGGCAACCUGGAGAUUACGCACCUUCAUGGAAACCCUGACCUCUCCUUCCUUCAGGGGAUCGUGGAGGUGCAGGGCUAUGUGCUUGUAGCCCAUGUGUCUGUGAGUCUGAUCCCUUUGGACAACCUUCGGAUCAUAAGAGGCAGCCAACUGUACAACUCCAGCUACGCACUGGCUGUGCUGGAUAACACUCUGGGCGGACAGGGGCUCAGGACGCUCCGGCUUCGUAGUCUCACAGAGAUCCUGUUGGGUGGGGUGUAUAUGUGGGGGAACCCCCACCUGUGCUUCCCAGACCCCCAGAACAUCACCUGGAGGGACAUUUUGGACGAGCAGAACAUCCAUGCCAGGCUGUACCGGCUGCAGCCUCGGGCCCCUAAAUGUCCAGAUUGUUCUGCUGCCUGUGGGGAAAGCUGCUGGGGAGAAACUGCACAAGACUGCCAGACCCUGACCCAUAUUAAAUGUGGGUCUAGCUGUCAGCGGUGUAAAGGUCCCCUUCCUAAUGACUGCUGUCACACGCAGUGUGCUGCUGGAUGCACCGGACCUAAAGACUCAGACUGUCUGGCUUGCCGACACUUCAACGACAGCGGUGUAUGUAAGGAGAAUUGUCCUUCGCCUACUAUUUAUGACCCCGUCACCUUUCAGACCAAACCCAACCCAAACAAGAAGUUCAACUUUGGAGCCACCUGCGUCAAGACGUGUCCUUAUAACUAUCUGGCUAUGGAUAUGGCCUGUACUUUGGUUUGUCCCAAAGCCAACCAGGAAGUUAUCAUCACCCAACCUGAUGGAAUGGAGUCACAGAAAUGUGAAAAGUGUGAAGGAGACUGUCCUAAAGGGUGUUAUGGCCUGGGUAUGGACAACCAGGGCGUCGUGGACAACAAUGGCAUAACCAUGGUAACAUCCUCUAAUGUGGAGCAGUUCAACAAGUGUAAGAAGAUUUUUGGUAGUCUGGCCUUCCUUCCUCAGAGCUUUGCACGGGACCCUGUGACCAACACGUCAGGCUUGACCCUCAAGCAGCUGAGUGCCUUCAAGAAACUAGAGGAGAUUACAGGUUAUUUGUACAUUGAUGCCUGGCCAGAAGAGUGGAAUAACCUGAGCGUGUUUGAGAACCUGAAGGUGAUCAGAGGCAGGAUGCUCUACAAGGGUGUGUUUUCACUUGCAAUCCAGAAUCUACACAUCCAGUCUCUUGGGUUGCGUUCGCUACGUAGUGUCAGUGGAGGUUUGGUCCUGUUGCAUAACAAUUCUCAGCUGUGCUACACCAGCUCACUGCCCUGGGAGACUCUCCUCCAUCCCACCGAUGGACCUCACCGCAUUGUCAGCAAGAAUGAGGACCCCCAAGUCUGUGUGAAAGAAGGGCAUGUUUGUCACCCGCUGUGUAAGGGGGGCUGCUGGGGCCCAGGGCCCAGCCAGUGUGUGUCCUGCAGUGCUUUCCAACGCGGCACAGAGUGCGUAGAGCAGUGUGACAUCUAUCAGGGGGCUGUGCGUGAAUACGCAGAUGGAUCUUUGUGUGUCGCCUGUCACACAGAGUGUCGGCCUCUUAAUGGCUCUGCUUCCUGUCAUGGCCCGGGUCCAGAACACUGUGCAGAGUGUCGAAGCUUUCAGGACGGAGAGUUUUGUGUGGAUCAUUGUCCCAGCGGUGUGAAGGAGGAUCAGCAGACUGUGUGGAAGUACAGCAAUGCUACAGGACACUGUCUGCCCUGCAACACCAACUGCACGCUGUCCUGCACUGUGAUGGAUGAGAGAGGCUGUCCCAUCGACACCAGGACAGGACCUGGUACAACCAUAGCGGCUGCGUUGGGUGGUGUGGUGCUCUUCUUCAUCCUGCUGGCUCUGCUGGUCUUCUACCUGAGGAGGCAGAAGAAGCUGAAGAGGAAGGAGACAAUGAGGAGGAUCCUGCAAGAACAUGAGCUGGUAGAGCCUCUAACACCCAGUGGUGCGUCACCCAAUCAGGCUCAGAUGCGCAUCCUGAAGGAGACUGAGUUGAAAAAGCUCAGGGUUCUGGGUGCAGGGGCGUUUGGUACCGUUUACAAGGGAGUGUGGGCUCCUGAUGGUGAAAAUGUGAAAAUACCAGUCGCCAUUAAGGUGUUACGAGAAAACACUUCACCAAAGGCCAAUAAAGACAUCCUUGAUGAGGCGUAUGUGAUGGCAGGAGUGUCGAGCCCCUAUGUGUGUCGUCUGCUGGGGAUUUGUCUGACCUCCACGGUGCAGCUGGUCACUCAGCUGAUGCCGUACGGCUGCCUCCUUGACUACGUCAGGGAGAACAAGGACCACAUCGGCUCCCAGUUCCUCCUCAACUGGUGUGUCCAGAUCGCCAAGGGGAUGAGUUAUCUGGAGGAAGUCCGGCUGGUCCACAGAGAUUUGGCCGCCCGCAAUGUUCUUGUUAAGAACCCAAACCACGUGAAGAUCACAGACUUUGGUCUGGCCCGCCUGCUCGAUAUAGACAAGACUGAAUAUCACGCUGAUGGAGGGAAGGUGCCAAUUAAAUGGAUGGCCCUGGAGUCAAUUCUGCACAGGAGGUUCACUCAUCAGAGUGACGUGUGGAGUUACGGGGUGACGGUGUGGGAGCUGAUGACAUUUGGUGCUAAACCCUACGACAUGAUCCCAGCUAGAGAAAUCCCAGAUAUUUUAGAGGGGGGAGAACGACUUCCUCAGCCAAUCAUCUGCACCAUUGACGUCUACAUGAUCAUGGUCAAAUGUUGGAUGAUAGACCCAGACAGCAGGCCGAAGUUCAAAGAUCUGGUGAAUGAUUUUACUGCCAUGGCCAGAGAUCCUCCUCGCUAUGUAGUCAUUCAGAACGACGAGCAGAUGAGCAUGUCCAGCCCAGUGGACAGCCAGUUCUUCCGGAUGCUUCUGGAGGAGGAAGGGAACAAUAUGAGGGAACUCCUGGAUGCUGAGAAGUAUCUGGUACCUCAGCCAAACCUCUUCCCCAGGACUCAGGGAGACGGGGCUCAAGCCAACGGGCCAUCCAGACAUCAGUCACAUAAGCAGAGCAGAGAUCAGGGCUUAGAUGUGGACCCCCCUGUUGCCGGUGCUCCUCGGAGCAUGUACUCCUCCCUUACCACUCUUGGCCGUGGUCAGUACCCUACCUUACCUUUAGGAGCCAGCACCUCCAAUGGCCUGUGGACUCCUCAGUACCCAGCACUGACUCGCAGCCCCUCAGCGGAGGAACAGUCUGACUCAGUCUUCCUGGAUGGGCCUCUGGAUGACCCCUCACUGCCCCCCGCCAGCCCUGGACGCUACUGCGAAGACCCUACCUACUCCAAUGGGAGCCAGGGUGACCUGGAGACAGAUGGGCCAAAUGGCUUUCACCAUCCUCAACACCUUCAUCACUCACUGCCCAGACGGAGCCAUGGUCAUAAUCACAAUCAUGCCUUACCAGAGUACGUCAACCAGGAGAUUCAGCAUCUCAGACCAGGAAUCCCUGAACGGCCCAGCACGCUGCCUCGUAAAGGCACAAGGGCAGAGCGUCGCCUGCCCAAUGGCCUGAGCUCUGGUCGUAGUGUGGAAAACCCAGGAUACUUGGUCCCCGCAAGCACUGGAGCCUCCACCUCUACAGCCUUUGACAACCCAUACUACUUGGACUUUGAGACCAAAGCCAAAGCUGGUGCCGGAGCCGCAGUGAUAGACAGCCCUGAGGCACUGGAGAGAGACGGAGGAGUGCCCAGGCAUGUGAAUGGGUUUGUGACCCCCACGGCAGAGAAUCCAGAGUAUCUGGGACUAGCGGACACCUGGAGUGGAUAUACCUGAAGAGAGGGGCUGUGAGCAAUAUGAUGAACUCAAGUCACAGAUUCUGUUCUACUGAGGGAAGUGAACAGUGGGAAGGGGAAGAUGAAUGUUUGUGGGACAGAAAUGAGCUGGGUGGUGUGAUUGAUAUUGGGAAUAAGCAUGUGGAAGUGAAUCUCUCCUCAAUAUCAAGUGAAGUACAUGAAUCCAAACUAGUUGGGGUUGUCUGGCACUGAAGUCACAAAAUCACCCAGCUGUGACACGCCAUGACUCAAUGCAAUGUAGCAUUAAUCUGGUGUUUGUGGUGUUUGUGUUCCUGUCUCCCUCUCAGAAAUCUGUGCUUUCUAUGUGACUGCUAAAAAGAAGUUCAGUCUAUGUAUAUACAACGCAGUACUUGAUAAACAAAUGAAUUCACAUUUGAAAAAAAAAACCCAUCACGGUACAAGAAGAGUCAGAUUGUCACAAAAUCCAAUAUUUAAUCAGAUCAUUGAAUGCUGUUUUUUAUGUUUUAUUUUCUUUUUGUUUCUUCUACAUGUGAAGCCUUUUUUCGUAUUCCCUUUGGUUCCCUCUUGUGUCUUGAUAUGCAUUCAGGCCAGCUCAAAGGAAAAAAAAAAACAUAUAGAACACUUUGACAAAGUGAGCCAUGUUGUGCAUUGAAGGUGAUGUUUAGUAUUCUGGUCACUUUCUCGGACCUGAUGGGGGUCUUCAACACACUCAAAGCCAUUUUGUUUUGGCCACAGAAGACCCUGCAGCCCAUCUGGCCAGUAGACAUGCUCUCUGAAAGAAAGGCAUGCUGUAUGUAGAAGACAGGGACAUUGUGCCACACUGAUGUCUGUGGUUGUUAGUGUCUGUAGCUGCAGCUACUUUGUGGUACAGCAGAUGAGAUAUGAGGUACUAGCAGACUUUCUGAGUGGCAGAAAUUACAAAAAAACAAAAAACUAUAUACAGGUAACUUAAGUUAGAGCCAGCUUUUCAGGGAUUUAUCAUUUUACAAAGAAUUAUGGGAGGUUAUGUGCAUUUUAAAUGGUGCACAAUGCACUACAUGUUCGUAUACUGCAUAUACCCUCCAGGCUUGUGUUAUCGCAGUGAGCCUUUUGGUGGCCUUUCACUGCACAAGAAAGCAGUGCAAGUUACUGGUGAGUAUAUUCCACAAGAAGUGAAGAAUUUGCAUGUGAAUAUACAUGUGUUUGCUACCCUUUAUGGAACAAAGAGCAAUUCUUCUGUUUGUGUUUUUGUGUUAAAGUCAGCAAUGCACUAGACACUGGAGCUGAAUGUGAAUCUGCGGAGGAUAAUUUUAAUUCUGCUGUUUGUGUUUUUGUGUUAAAGUCAGCAAUGCACUAGACACUGGAGCUGAAUGUGAAUCUGCGGAGGAUAAUUUGGAUAAUCAGUGCAUGGCUCAAAUUCCACUCAGCGAGAACACACUGGCAGCCCAGUUAAUAAUCAACAGAAUUUUUUUUUUUUUUUUUUUUUUUUGAAGCGUGUUUUUUCCAUGUUAACUGGUGCUGGGCUGGGGGAGGUCAAAAUCCAGUCAAUGGAGCCAUUGUCUGACCCUCACAUCCUUGAUGGAAAGUCAGUGCUCUCUCAGCUCGCACGUCCCAACAACUGUUGUUGUCGCAGCUUUGAAAAGAGAGAAACAGUUUUCCUCUACAGAGGUUUGGAACUUGCCGGCAAAAUGUGGUUCAGUGUUUCGGCCUCAAAAUCCUCAACAAGUCAACUGACUGGGUUGUUGAAAUAUGUAGAACCCUCCACAACCCUAUCAACACAGCAGCUUUACUCUGAAAGUCUUUGGGAAAGUUUGUUCUCAUAUGGGUUUUGAAGAUUUCCUCCCCACCCCAGAAAUGGAAAUAGAUGGGGUUUUUUUUUUUACAUAAAAAUGUGCUCAAAAUUUAUUUUAAUACCUUCAGCUAUCAUAUACUAAUAUAAUUUAGAAAGGAGUUAUUAUUUAGUGAUAAGAUAACAGUUUUUCAUAAACAUAACAGUUGUGUCUGAAAACAUAACAGUUUUUCUUCCGUGUUUGAAUAUAUAUUUAAAACAUCCAACAUGUAAUUUGAGGAAAUUCGAGGUGCUAUUGGGGGGGGGAGUAAGUUAGUACCCAUAAACAUGAACUGUGAGUGCUGGAGGUACGACUUUUUCACAGGAUCAUAACAAUAUUACAGCAGAGCUCACAUGCGUUUCUUAUGAAUGUGUUAUUUCUCCUAGAUAGUAUGAGACCCCAACUUUAUGCACAAUCAAUGUACGCCUGUUUACACUGUAGUGUCAUUUUGUAUGAAAAGUCUCAUGUAGCUGAUACAUUACCCAGGAAUCUCACAGAUGAGGGUCUGAUCUACCUUCUGUCCUCCCUAAAACCAUGUGUGUUCCUUCUUUGUUUGUCUUGUUCUCUGACACAGUUUUGAUAUAAAACCAUUCAAUUGUACAGAGGUAGAGGACUGGCACCAGUCACGGUCUGGUGACUUUGUGGUUUGUGCUGAAUCAUGUUAAAUCUCCUGCUAUUCUCCCUGCUGAAGUGUUCUUCGGCAAAAUGCUGAAUCAUGAUCAGCUCAAUGUCAAAAAAGUAAAUUGUUGUUUUGCUCUUCGUAAAUUGUGAGAUUGAGCAGAAGAGUAAGCUGAACUAAAAUGUGUCCUGUGGUUGUUUUUAUAAGUUUGUUAAACAUCUACCUGUGUGUUUAAAAAGUCUGAAAUGUGACCGAAGCAAGAAACUGCAUGUUUUUUGGCCAGGAGUAAGCCUAAGAGGAAGGAAGGAAUAGUAAGCUAACAGGAGUGUGCGAGUGGUUUUACGAAAUCAAAUAUCUGUAAUUUACAUUUUGAAAAAAACAAAAUCUUUUGUACUUGUGAAUAUUUUUUACCUUUCACAGUUUGUCUGAUUGUGACAAUAUAUGAAUAAUAACCAUUUUUAUUGGGAAUUUUUAAUGCAUAAUUUUCUAUUUGGUCAGUAAGUAAGUUGGUAGCUAAUUUGAUUGGUUAAAUUGUGACCGGUUGCUCUACUGUGGAGGGAGAGGAGAGUAAAUACAUAAGACAAAUAUUUCAUGAAGAAAUGGUCAUUUUUAUAUGGAAUUGUUUGAAAACAUUAUUUGUGUUUAAAAAAAGUUUAAAAGCAUACAUAAAGUGUUUAAAACUC